AAGGAAAGAGAGAGAAAAUGGGAAUCUGAGUUGGGCCACCUUCUUUCUUCUUCCGCCUCCUCCGUCAGUCAGUCAGGUGUCACAUGUCUACGUCUCAGACCUAAUUCACAGAUGGCCGGAGGAGAUACUCCAAUUAUUCUACCCUUUCUUUUUCUUUUUCUCUUUUUAUUAUUAUUAUUAUUAUCCUCCCACAACAAAUACAAAAACUCAAAGUAACUUUUUCUCGCACUAUCAAUCACCUUAAAAAAGUUGUAGAGAGAGAAAGAGAGAGAGAGAGAGAGAGAGGGGAGGGGAGCCCAUUUGAACCUCCAAUCACGUGUUCCUCAAUUCUGUGCUGGCCCCCCAUGGCCAUCCCCCGCGUUUCAGUUCAUUGACUCUUUUCUGUGUGACAUAGCAUCAAACACUUGGUGGGUGUGUUAUGUGUGUGUGUGUGUGGGGCUGCUCUCUUGCUAAUUUCAACUUCUUUUUUUUCGACAUAAUUUUACUCUCUAAAGUCUUGCGAUUUUAUUGCUACAGUCCAAGACUUUGCUCACCGAGUCACCCCAUCCCCUGCUUCAACCCACAUCCACCGUCCAUUUUUUUUUUCCUUUUUAAAAAUUCUUCUUUCAUCUCGCAAUUGGGUUUUCUUGAUUUGCUGAAAAGAGGGCAAAGUGGUGAUGAUCGUGGAUUUCGGUUCUUGCUCCGAAUUUGACAAGUCUGGGGUUUGAGUAGGUUUUAUGGAGAACAUAGAGACUUUGUUGGCUGCAGUGGCUCAGACCCAAGGCUUUGACGACGAUGAGCCUGUUGUUCCUACUCCUCCUCCGCCGCCGCCGUCAAGGUUAGUGAACUUUGAUUCGUCGCCGGAGAUUCCAGGCGAUUUGGGUGACUCCCAGCUGGUUGAAGCUCCUGUGGAGGUCUCCAGAGAUCUUCUGCGUUCGACGGCCAACCGGACGCCGGAGACUGCAGUUCCGGCGACGGAUCGGGUGAUCGGAGCUGACGACAAGAAAAAGAGAGGAAGACCGCCGAGGGGGCAGCUUGCUGUGAAGCCCCCGCCGCAGAAGCGGGCAAAGCAGGAGGAUGAAGACGAAGAUGUUUGCUUCAUUUGCUUCGAUGGGGGUUCUCUUGUGCUUUGCGACCGUAGGGGCUGUCCAAAGGCUUACCAUCCCGCCUGUAUUAAGCGAGACGAAGCGUUUUUUAAAUCAAAAGCUAAGUGGAACUGCGGAUGGCACAUAUGUAGUGUGUGUAGAAAGGCUUCUCACUAUGUUUGCUACACUUGCACGUAUUCAUUGUGCAAGGGAUGCACUAAAGAUGCCGAUUACGUGUGUGUUAGAGGCAACAAAGGCUUUUGCUCAACGUGCAUGAAGACUAUUACGCUGAUGGAAAACCAAGGCCCCGUAAACAGUGACUCGGGGGUUCAAGUAGAUUUUGAUGACGUAACUAGUUGGGAAUAUCUUUUUAAGAUGUAUUGGGUACCCUUGAAAGAGAAGUUAUCCUUAACGAUGAGUGACCUCACGAAAGCUAGAAAUCCCUGGAAAGGUGUGGCUCCAGUCGUUUGCACGCCACAGUUGAGUAAUGUACUCGAUGGAAAAGUUUCUAUUCCUAUCAAAAGUUCUGAACAUUUGGAGAUAAAUAAGCUCGAAGAAGCACAGAACAAAACGUUAAUGUCAGCUGUAUCAAGAGCCAGUAACCACAUUGAGAUACCAAAUAGCAAUAGUGGGGAAAACGAGACGAUCUUUAGCAAAGACACGAAAAUUCUAAACGCUAAUGAGACAAGCAUUGGAGGCAAUUGUGGGAAAGACACUUCCAAUCCAGUAAUAAAAAAUGAAGAAGACAAUCUUAGCAUUGUCAAAGAUAGAGGUGAGCCAAGAGACGGAAAUCCAGACAAUUCAGCUGGAUUUGUUGAUUCUGUUGCAAGUGGCAUGGAAGUUGAUGUAGACAACUCGUUGAUGCAAAUAAAGAGUAAGAAAGAAGAGAUGUUUGGAGAUAGUGAAGAGAGAAAACCCCAGAAUAAAUCGAGGGACUAUGCUGCAAUUGAUGUUCAUAAUAUUAACUUGAUCUAUUUGCGGCGUAAUAUGAUGGAGAAUCUCGUUGAAGAUAAGGAGAAUUUCCAUGAUAAGGUCUUAGGAUCGAUUGUGAGAAUCAGAAUUUCAAGUGAUGACCAGAAGCCAGAUGUUUACAGGCUUGUCAAAAUUGUAGGGACUAGAAAGGUGGCCGAGCCAUAUAAAAUUGGUGAUAGGACAGCAAAUAUCAUGCUUGAAGUUUUAAAUUUAGAUAUGCAAGAGGUCAUAUCAGUUGAUGCCAUUUCAAAUCAAGAUUUCACCAAGGAUGAGUGCAGACAGUUGCACCAAGGCAUUAAAUGUGGGCUCAUGGAGCAGUUCACUGUUGAUGAAAUAAAAAAGAAAGCUAUGGCCCUUCAACCAGUUAGGGUCAAAUAUUGGCUGGAGGCAGAGAUAUUACAGCUAAAUCAUCUUCAGGAUCAAGUUAGCAAGAAAGGGCGUAAGAAGGAGCUCAGAGAACAUGUACGUAAAAUACAGCUACUAAAUUCACCUGAAGAAUACCAGCGCAGAAUUGUUCAAGUUCCAGAAAUACACGUCGAUCCAGAUGUAAUAAGCCCAGAUGCUGAAUUGGAAGAUGUAAAAAGUUGUGAUAACAGUAGAAAAGAUGAACAUGUCAUGCCAAGAUACUUGGAAUCUUCUCAAGUAAAUGGUAAAGAAGAUGGAGAGAAGAUAGAUGCAAGUGUAUCAGAUAAUGCGGAGAAACUAAUAGAUCAAGUUAACGUUACUAACUCAACAAUUGGUGGUAGAAAUGAAUCAAAUGAUCAAAGGUCGGAAAUGGAAACUUCAAGCGCAACUGUAUCCGUGCGGAACUUUCUACCUGUCAAUAUUAUCGAAACCGAGAAAUUAUGGCAUCAUCGAGAUCACAAUGGUAAAAUUCAAGGCCCAUUUUCGAUGAUGCAUUUGCGCGACUCGAGUAAAAUCGGACUUUUUCCACACAAUAUGAGAAUAUGGACGAAUCACGAGCAAUACGACUCGUUGCUUCUGACAGAUGCUCUGAGUGGGAGAUUCCAUGGGGCAUCCGAGUGGAGACAUGACAGAAAUGAUGGAGACAGUAAACAAAAAGAGACAGCCUCUUGUAAUAACGCAACUGUUUUACCCGACAACAAUAGUGGAUCUGUGAGGGCAAACGAGUCUCCCUCUUGGCCUCAAUGCUGGGAUUUGCUUAAAGAUGAUGAGGUCAGCAAUGGCCCACAAAAUACGGAAAAGAUUCCAAACUUGCCGAAUCAAAACGAGACAACUAGUGGAGGAAAUAAAUCUUUACAAGAAAAAGAAAAUCCGAGACCUUUGCCUAUUGAUUUGAGCUUGAACGAUAUAGAUAUAGACUCGGGUUGUGUUUCUGCACCUGUAUCAACUAACUUCCCUUUGCAAAACUCUGGUAUACUUGAGCUUCUAAGUCCUAAGGACGAUCAUAAGGCCACUGAGAAGCCGCCACCUGGAUUACCGAAUUUCCCCGUGCCAAAUGCGGGCCCCAGCUGGACUCCUGAAGUAGCUAACGAAUGGUGCGGGUAUGCAUCCACACCGGCGAAGCCAUGUGCCGCAGAUGCGUGGGAUUCUGAUCUCGUCUCUGCUCCUUCCCAGAGACCUCACGAAGUUACAAACUGGCUGGCAAUGAUGAACGAACCGAUUGAAUUCGAUGCUUUGGGGGAAGAAUCGGUUUCGGAUUUGUUGGCUGAAGUUGAUGCGAUGGAAUCGCAGGGCGUAUUUCCUUCGCCUACCUCAGCUAUGAAGUUUGCAAAGGAGAUGCUAGACUGUAGAGACGAUUGCUUUAGUUCGAUCGAGGAAUUUAGCUCAACCAAUGAUGUUUGCAAACCGGUUAUUGCAUCAUCAUCUGUGAUCGAUGGUCUUGAUUCUUUCAACAAUUCCUCGUCUGUGGGGAGUGCUGUAGAGAAUAAUAACUCGUCGUCAGUUUACACAGGUGGAACGGGUUCGGAUUUUCACCAAGAAACAGCGGACCCCGGUUGGGGAGCGGUGCAGGGGAAUAUUAACCUGGUGACGGUGCAGGGUAACGUGAAUCUUGUAUUGGGUGGACCUUCGGCUCAGGGAAUGGCGAACAUGGGGUGGGGUAAUCCAUACCAGACAGCAGGUUGGGGUAAUCCGAACCUGAAUCAGAGCCCAGUGAAUGGGAAUCUACCGUGGGAGGGUCCACGGAAAUACGGUGGGGAGAGGUUUCCUAGCCCUAGAGAGUGGGGGGGUUGUUAUCAAGGUGGAGGUGAGCCGGGGUUUGGGAGGGGGAGGCUACCGUGGGGGCGGCCUCCAUUUAGUGGGGGUGGUGGUGGUGGAUAUUCGAGGCCACCACCGAAAGGGCAGAGGAUUUGCAAAUUCUACGAGAGUGGUCGGUGCAAGAAAGGAGCGUUCUGCGAUUACUUGCAUCCUUCGUAGUUAUGUUUGUCUUUUGUUUUAGUAAGGUGAUGGAUUAUAUUUUGGUGCUAGUAAUUUUUGUAAUAAUUAAUAAUGUGAGUAGCUUAGUCUGUGUAGGUGUUAGUUCAUAAUCUGUAUGUUAUUUGGAGAAGAAGAGAUGAUGAGUUGUUUAAUUUGUGUAUUAGCCCUUUUGAGGGCAAUUUCGGAAAA